AGGGUAUGGAGGCCUUUACCCUGCAAUUCGACUAUAAUGGCUGAUAAUAAUAGGUUUAACCGUACAUUGACUGUACAGUUUAAACUGCCUGUAAGUAUAGGAAGACUCCUUGGUCAAAACCCCAAAUACAUCAUGACAUAAUGUCAAAGAGUAUAAUAAGUAUAGGGAAAUGUCGUCUUCAUUUGACAAUUUGGAUUCAGUUUAAAAACUGCAAAUUGUAUAUUUCUAUAUAGAUUUGAAGUAAAUAUAAUAAUAUAAAAUGGGACCCAAAAGCGGAACCACUAAGACAAAAAGUAAAACCAAAUCCGGAGUGAGUGCCUCAGUGUCAACUGAUCCAACAUUACUACUAGAAUCCAAUGAUAGUUUGAAUGCACCACGGUGUAUUAGCUUGUCUAUGGUUUUACAAGGUGCUUCACCUGUACCAGGAGAAUACCAUUUUUUGGCCAUGUUUAAUGGAUCAACACUGGUAGAAACAAAAUGGCUAGAUGAGGAGGUUAUAAUGUUCAUUAUGCCGAUAAACAUUAACGACCCGCAUGGUAUAAACAUUCUAGCUAAUUCCCCACUGAUCCUUCUUAUGCGCCUCACAGGAGGAAAAGCUUCCAAAGAACCAGAUCCUUUAAUUCAUCCAGACAACCGUUAUGGUGCUAGCGCAGAUUUAUUUCCACUUCUUUUGGGGGAGCAGACAGUUUUUCUUACCUCUAACUUGGUCUCAAUAUCAACAGGAGAAAAGACCCCAUACUCAGUAGUAGUUCGCGCUAUUUCACCAGGAACAGUAGACGAAACUGUGGUGCCUUUGACUAUGACUAUGAUCUCAGCUCAUUGCUUGCCACCAACGAGAGAUGGUACUGCUUAUAUAAGUGCUAUUGGAUUAAAUGGAAUACAUAAACCAAAGGCAAAGCCUUUUAAUAUGUCAUUAAGUUCUGACAAUGCGCAGAGAAUUCUAUUCGCAAAUGCUAGCACCGGCGGUUAUAUUGCCGAGACAGCAAUGAACGUUCACACUGACGAUAAAUUCAUGCCAAGUGAUUUAAAAUCUCGAGACCAAAAACAUUGUCGACAUGCUUAUUGGAACGCUAUGAAACGAGUGUUAGUGGAGCCAGGACUAUUGCAUGCCAGACUAUCUUCACCGUUCACGGUUGAAGUAGCAGCAGUGCCGAGAUUGGGAAAGGUAGAAGUCCGAGGAAGAUAUUUGGCAUUGGUAGAUGCCAAAGUGCUGUUGGAACCAGGUCAGAUAGGAGUAACAGUUUGUUCAAAGCUCACAUUGUUUUCUGAAGCUAAUAAAUUCGAAAGUACCUGUAAUCUUCUAGACCUUCCAGCUACGAGUGCGAAAGCUAGCGUUCGUGAUGGUGACCAACAAGUAUUAGACGAAUACGGACAUAACAGUUAUAUUGUAAUACGAUUCGAUUUGAUGGAGCCUUUAGUCCCAAAGACUAAAUUAGAAAAUUUAUAUGAUAUAAUGGGAUUUCCUCUACCUAAAGAUGCUGACAUCCCAAAAGAUCACUCCGAUUCUGACAUCGUUCAUGUCGAUACUGUCGUUGACGCCAGGACCAUAAGCAAGGAAGCAGGUGCUCUAGCUGUCCACAAAGAACUAAGUGCAUUAGCUUGUAAAGGUGUGAUUCAAAUGAACCAGGGCAUAAAGAGAACUGCUGCAAAUCGAUUACUAAUGCGUGUACGAGCAGUACUCAAAAGCUUCCCUCCCGGGGAUUGUUCUUACCUUGAUUGGCAGGAUACAGUAACUGCCCAGCAUGCCGCAUGUAGACGUGCCGUCACAGCAUCUUUCGCUCCUCAACCUCCACCACUCCGUCCUCCGAGCAAUGUUGCUGCAGCGAGAUGUCGAAUCGCUGGAGAUAACAGAAUUGCCGCAAUUCAUAACGAAACAAAUUAUAAAAUCGUAGGAAGACAUCCAAGAACUUUAUUAACUAAAUCAUUACGCUGUUUAGAAGAAGGUAAGGAAGAAGAUGCUAAGAAUUAUUUGCUUGAUGCUUUAAGCAUCCAAACUAGAAAUAGGUAUUUGCUGUGGAUGUAUGGAGGCCUUGAAUUUGAUAGAGAAGACGAGGGGUCAGUAAUAGCUGGUGCUGCUCUUCGUAUAGCUGUUAAAGGCGAUUAUUCGGAUGGAACUGCUAAUUCAAUUGGCUGGGCGGCUUUACAUGCUUUCCAUCACGUCAAUGGAAAUCCGUAUGCAGCGUUUGUAUCUGCGAAAAAAAUGAGAAAAGCCUUUUCGCUACCCUUAGAGUGGGAUAAAAUUUUAGCUCGAUGGACCGAUACAAGUGGAGAGGAAGAAAUAUUUUGGAUGCCAACUGUUAUAGCAACUGAUAAUCCUUUAUUGAUAGCAGCAGCAUUUUUUCUUUGUCUUCGAUGCUACAGAUUUUCAGAAGCAUUAUUAGAAUGUGUAGAUUCGGAAUGUGCAAGCAGUGGAAGCUAUAGUUUGAAAUGUGAAACUACUCCUGACGUGUAUUAUUUGCGGGCUGCCAUUAUGGUUUUGCAACGAAAAUUAGAAGCUGCAAUAAACAUAACAACAGAAGGAAUAAAUAAAUUUGGACCAACACCGGUUAUGUCUCAAAUGCGUGCAACUUGUAUGACUCGUAUUCGGAACUGGGAUCGUGAUUGUGAGACAGCAUUCCGACAAGCAGAAAAUGCCGGAUCUGAGUUGUGUUCCUCGAUUUUGUAUGUUGCAUCUUUGAAGAACUUUAAACAAAAUCCUAUGGAAGCCCUGCAAAGGGUUGCUCGAGCUCAUAGAGCGUCACCAUCUGGCCAUACUGCUCUUUUAAUUGGUCGUAUCUAUGCAGUUAUGGAUAAAUUUUGGCUCGCUGAACGAUGGUUGGCCGCUGCGGUUGACACCGAACCCUUGUUGGCGGAUGGUUGGGCAAUGUUGGCCAUAUUGGCUAUGUACGACAAAAAUUUAGACAAAGCCAGAGUUAUGUUACGUACAGCAAAGCAGGUGGGUCCUAUAAGUCCAGAUAUUGAUGCGGAAGUAACAAAAGCUAUGGAACUAGUGGGAUUAGAAAAAAUGUCUGACUUCCUAGUGAAAAAUCUUUGUUUUUGUGAUUAUAUCUAAAACCUGGAUUAAAAAUUACUUUAUUUU